UCAGGGUUUGUGAUAUUGGCAGGCUUUGGCUUUCCCUUCUCAGGGUUGUUUAUUCUUUUUCGCAUCCCUUCAAUCGGUGGGGUGCCCCGUGGCCCGCCUCGCGCGGCGGACUUCAGUUCCCAGCGUGCCCCGCAGGGCCGUGCGAGGCAGAGGCGCGUGACGUCGGGGGAGGGAGCUGGCCAGUGCUGAGGGGGCGCGGCGCGGAGGGGCGCGGAGCCGGGCGGCCCGGGGCCCAGUGAGCGCCGCGGCCAGGAGCCCGCCGGCCCCUGACAGCCUCCUCCCCCCAGGCGGACGACGACGACGACAACGAGGGCGCCGGUCAUGGCGGAGCAGCGAGCCGAGCGCGGGCCCUGAGCACCACCGCAUGGAGCGGGACGAACGACCGCCUAGCGGAGGGGGAGGCGGCGGGGGCUCGGCGGGGUUCCUGGAGCCGCCCGCUGCGCUCCCUCCGCCGCCGCGCAACGGUUUUUGUCAGGAUGAAUUGGCAGAGCUGGACCCAGGAACUAUUUCUGUUCCAGAUGAUCGGGCUGAACAACGAACCUGUCUCAUUUGUGGGGAUCGUGCCACAGGCUUGCACUAUGGAAUCAUCUCUUGUGAAGGCUGCAAAGGGUUUUUCAAGCGGAGCAUUUGCAACAAGCGGGUGUAUCGGUGCAGUCGUGACAAGAACUGUGUCAUGUCUCGGAAGCAGAGGAACAGGUGCCAGUAUUGCCGCCUGCUCAAAUGCCUCCAGAUGGGGAUGAACCGGAAGGCAAUCAGAGAAGAUGGCAUGCCUGGAGGCCGAAACAAGAGCAUUGGGCCCGUCCAGAUAUCAGAGGAAGAGAUCGAAAGGAUUAUGUCUGGGCAGGAAUUUGAGGAAGAGGCCAAUCACUGGAGCAACCAUGGUGACAGCGACCACAGUUCCCCUGGGAACAGGGCUUCAGAGAGCAACCAGCCCUCACCAGGCUCCACACUGUCCUCCAGGUCUGUGGAACUAAAUGGAUUCAUGGCAUUCAGGGAGCAGUACAUGGGGAUGUCUAUGCCUCCACACUAUCAAUACAUACCGCACCUUUUUAGCUAUUCUGCCCACUCGCCACUUCUGACGCCACAAGCUCGCAGCCUGGAUCCCCAGUCAUACAGUCUGAUUCACCAGCUGGUGUCAGCGGAGGACCUGGAGCCACUGGGUACACCCAUGUUGAUUGAAGAUGGAUAUGCUGUGACCCAGGCAGAGCUGUUUGCCCUGCUUUGCCGCCUGGCCGACGAGCUGCUCUUUAGGCAGAUUGCCUGGAUCAAGAAACUGCCUUUCUUCUGCGAGCUCUCAAUCAAGGAUUACACGUGCCUCCUGAGCUCUACUUGGCAGGAAUUAAUCCUGCUGUCUUCCCUCACCGUUUACAGCAAGCAGAUCUUUGGGGAGCUGGCUGACGUCACCGCCAAGUACUCACCCUCUGAUGAAGAACUACACAGAUUUAGUGACGAAGGGAUGGAGGUGAUCGAGCGGCUUAUCUACCUGUAUCACAAGUUCCAUCAGCUAAAGGUCAGCAAUGAGGAAUAUGCAUGCAUGAAAGCAAUUAACUUCUUAAACCAAGAUAUCAGGGGUCUGAGCAGUGCCUCACAGCUGGAACAGUUGAACAAGCGAUAUUGGUACAUUUGCCAGGAUUUCACUGAAUAUAAAUAUACACAUCAGCCGAACCGCUUUCCUGACCUCAUGAUGUGCUUACCUGAGAUUCGAUAUAUUGCAGGAAAGAUGGUGAAUGUACCCCUGGAGCAGCUGCCCCUCCUCUUUAAGGUGGUGCUGCAUUCCUGCAAGACAAGUGUGAGCAAAGAAUGACCUGUUCCCAGAGCCCCUCCUCAGGCCAACCACAGCGCCUUGGGUGGGCAGGACAGGCUCCAGAAGAAAGAGCCAGAGAGACCAAGAUGGAGGCUGUGGGGCAACAUUUCCAGUUGCCUCCAAAGCAAGGAGAAUUUUUGUUUGUUUGUCUGUUUUUUUAACUUCAUUUUUCUAUAUAUUUAUUUCACGACAGAGUUGAAUGUAUGGCCUUCAACAUGAUGCACAUGCUUUUGUGUGAAUGCAGCCAAUGCAUUUCCUUGCAGUUUACAGAAUGUGAAGAUGUUUAAUGUUACAGUGUUGUCAUUGUUUAGAGAUAGUUCUUUUGUAUUUUGAGGGAGAGGGUGGGAGGGGGCUGAGAUGAAUAUUUCCAAAAUAUUGACAAAGACGACUACCUCAGUGGAAAAGGAGGGAUAUGACCAUCCCUACUUUUUCCACAUAUUCUCAGCAGACUUGUACAUUUGUCUGUCAGAGAGCAAACUGCCUUUUCUAGCCACAGAAUUGCCAGGUAAAAGAGCACACCAUAAAGGGGCAAAGUGGUGUUAGGACAUUUACUAAGCAAAGUGGGUGAGGCCUUGGAAACAGGGAAGGAGAUGAGGAUUUAGCCAUUUCUUUUCUCUGGAAAGCAUGAAAGUUGAAAGAGUGGGGCACAGUGACCAAAUCUCAGUUAGAUGUCCUCCCUCCAAACAAAUCCUUAGGAAAGGAGUUUCUAUUCUCACAUCACAUUGUGGGGACCCCCUCCCUAUCAUCUGAACUACAACUAUAGGUUUCUACCACUUCCAGAUUUUCACCAGGCAAAGUCCUGGCAAUAAGCUAACCCUCAGGUUCCUUUAGUGCUCACAGCUACCUAAUUUUCUUUCCUGGAUCUACCAACGGCCUGCCUUCCUCUGAUUCCUUGCUUCUCUCUUUUAAAUUUGACCUUUUAUUGGCCCUUUGAAAAAACAACUGAACAAAAUGUCAGGCUCUGAAUCCUAGUGCUCACUACUGAUUUAUACUCUUUUCACUUUACUUUCUUUAGAGGGUAGAGGGACAAAGGCCAGACUGCUAAAAGAAUAACUACCCUUCCCAUGGAGUUCAGUGUUCCCUCCCCUGUCCCGUCCUCCCCUUGGAGUGAAUUCAAACCCUGCAGUCUCUUCUUCAAACAGUGGAAAGGUCCAGUCACCCAUCUGCUGACCAGAAUUUUUGCUCCUACAUUCUACCCCAACUUCUCCUAAUUUCUCCAAAGUGAGACCAGGUUUCCUUAGAACAGAAAGCCCAAGACCCGAGUGGCUCAGCUGCCCCUUAGAGUAUCAGUGGCCUGGCUGGACCAGGGCCUGGAAGGCUGGAGUCUAAAGCACCUGGAAGGGGGGGGGGGGCUUUAAACUACCUCAUGUUCCUAAGGGCCUGGCUGCCCCCUCUGCAGAUGCGGCCUGAACCCUUUGUUCUUUCACUAUCUGCCCCACCUCAUCCUGUGAAGUGUUUCUUACCCUCUUGGCUUUGGCCAGCGGCCCUACCAUGUCUGUCUUGGAACUCUUUGAGGUGCUUUUCCUUUUCUGCCUUACCACAGCAGUUCCUGCUUCCACCCAGGUAUCCCACAGGCAAUGCAACAGACAGCCCAUCUAGCUGGGUGCAUCCCCGGAUGGGCUUGAGGGGUCUACAGCACCUCCUUUAGCCUGUUUAGUCAAAGGCUGUUUGCUCUUUUCCCAACUUGGCCUAGCAAACUUACCCAGUGGGCCACCACAGCAUGUGUGUGCUGGGUAGCCUAUGUUGGAUUGCAAUUUUUUCUUUCCAGUGAAAUGUUAUGGGUACCAGCAGAGUGAUGACUUUGUCCCUUGAUGGAUCUAAGACUCAGAGCAUUACUCCUCAAUGCCAUUUCCCCACCUGCUCUGAGAAAGAAAGAAAAGCAAAGAAAGAGAGAAGAGACAUGUUCCUCAGGAAAAGCUCCAGCCAGAAUGUUCUUCACAUGUCAAUGGAAAGACUUGUGUGUGUAUGUGUGUCUCUUUAUUUCUAAGUUCACAAUAUUUUUAUUUCCAUGAAUUUUUUAUUUAACCAACUAGAUCACAUUCUUUGGCUACAGGUCAGACUCCGAGCUGCUUUCAAGAUAGGGGACACAUCAGAGACCCCCAUUCUCUAAGAUGGCUUCUAUGUGCAGCAUCUUUCUUUGCUUAUACUUCUAUCUGUUAGAUUAGUUUAUUUUGGAAAUUGAUUUUCUCUUAAGCAUUUUACCAGUUGCGUUGGGCAUCAAAGGAAAUUACUCUCUGAUGAAGCAAGAACGUGUCUCUCCAAUAAUGCAGCAUUAAACAGAGCAAGUUGUUAAUUUGUGGAGUGGGGGAAAGUUUCUGUGAGUUGCCAUUGUACAAAUCCAUUUUUACAAAUGUUUGCAGCAGAUUCCACAGAACAAAGAGCCCAUUCAUUGCCAAGAGCCCUGCAGAAUCUCUGAGCCAAGUGGCCGAGUGUUCUGAGCCAGAGCCUGACCUGUGGACCGCCUUUAAUGUCUUCUGCACCCAGUCCUUUUAUGACGUGGGCUUUUUUUAAACAGGGUAAAGUGAAUGUGUUGCAUUGCAAACUCAGGUAUUGUGAGGAGAAGGUAGGAGUGUAGCUAGAAGCGUGGAGACAUUAGGUCAGCCACUAGAUGUAUUUGUGAAUUUGGUUUGAAGGACACAGAGAAAAGUUGGAGGGGGAGGUUUGAUGUGUUUGUUUUUUGCCUUUCUUCCCAUAAUGUUUGGUUAACAGGUAGCCCUUUUGCUAGUGGAAGAAGAAAGAAGUUGUGCUUGUUGUCUAAUUCCCCUCUCUUCUGUCCUCUCUCUGAUCCCCUGCCACCAACAACAGUCACUUUGAGUGAGAAUUUUUCCACCAUAAAAAUAUGACCCUGAAAGCUGUGUAGUAAAGGAGAAUCCCACCUCCUUGCACUGUGUUGAAACAUACAAGUUUUUCCCUUCUUUUCCCUUUGAAUGUUUUCUUGACCCAGGACAAAAGUUUGAAAUCUUGGAACUUCACCUGCAACUCAUGCUCUCUGGCUCCUUGUAGACUUUUGGAGUCUUUCACAAGGUUUGGUGGUCUUUCCCUUAGUCUGGAGAAACUCCCCAGAACCUAUCUCAAAGCACUCCACCUGGCUUAGAGGCUACACAGCCCCCAUGCCCAACCCGUAGGUGUGGUGGGUGAACCUCUAGGAAUAGGAGGCAGUAGGCAGGAGCUUCUCUGUUCUGUUUCCCAGAACCCGAGGAGGGAGAGAGGGAACCUAGGGGUCACCAUGGCAUCACUCUAUACCUACCUCUCUCUCACCUACUACCCCUUCUCAGGGAAGUGAGUAUCUGCCAUGGCCAAUAUGUCUACAGGCCCUUAAAGCUCUGGGCUCUCUGAGCUAGCUGCCUUGUUAUGCUAUCCAUUUCCUACUUUAGUUCUUGAUUUUCUGGGGAAUGGGAUGGAUGGAGACAGACAGAUAAACUCAGCAUGGGCAACAUCUAAGUCAUGUCUAACAUUGGCCAAAGUAAAGGGCCCCUGGCCUCCUAGCAGGGCAGGAAGUUGAGCAGUGGUUCCAAGUCUAGCUCUGGGCCCCUGGUUUAUGUCUUUUUUCCAUGUUGCUUUUUAAAAUUUUGCAAUUGUUUUAAGAAAUCCAGACUUUGAGACCAACCCUUUCGUUAAACUUUAAAUUUUUUCUUUAUUGAUUUUUUGAAAGUAUAAAACAAAACAAAAAACUAAAAAAAAACUAAAAAAAUAAACAAAAAAUGUAUACAAAAAACUACUCUUACGUUCCCCAACUUGAUCUAUGAGAGUUCCCCUGCACUCCCCUCUGCCUUUGCAGUUGAUUAUUCCUCCCUUUUUCCUUGGCUUGAAGCAUCUAUGUCCAGUGUCUGUGAAAUGAUGUUUUAUCUGUGUCUCAGGAUGAGAAACGGCAAUCAUUCCACCAGGUGCUGGAAACCGAUAACCUUGAGGGCAAGGGUUUCUAGGGCCACAGCUCAGGGAUGUGUAUUUAAUUACAGGGUCCCCAGAAACCCCUCUCUUGGCUGGCAUGAGCAACAGCUUCUUUUCUGGGCUUGGGAGCCAGACCUGGACUGUUCUCUCAGAGGCAGGAGCCCCAGAGAGCAUUCUGAGUGUGGGGGCAAACUGGGGCUUCCUCUGGCUGCACCUUGGCUACCUUGAGACUUGACUUCUGGCUGUCCUGCAACAUGAAUCACAGUGGCCCUGCCUCUACCAACUCAUAAGAGACCUGGUCCCUCAGUCUAAUCCAGUCCCCAUCUGGCCUCCCUCCUCUGAGCCUACUGCCCUAAACGGGCCACAACCACCUCAGGCAUCAAUCACAGGCUCAAACAGAAGCUGUGAGCCAGGCCAGAGCUUGCUUUAAGCCCAAGAAAAAAAGUUGUAUUAACUGGUGGAGGCUAGUCUUCUGAAUCCUGGAGUCAGCCUUGCCAGUCAAAGGGUCAUUUUUGCCCUUUGGUGACUUGUUUUCUUUCUCUGAAAUGUCUUAUAAUAGGUGAUAAUGUUGACUCAAAUUUCCAUGAAAAAGAAAAAAAAACUACCUCUUGAGUGACAUCCUGGUCGAUUAUUCUUUGAGGAAUACUGUGGGAAAAGAGCUCUGUAGCUCCUGCUUUGUUUACGUGUUUCUGUCGGGAAAGAAACCCGCCUUCCCUGGGUUGUUGGUGUUUUUGUCUGUGUCGCCAUCCCAGGUUUGUGAUAGGGGCUUGUGGCUGCGUUGUAAUGUCUGGGCCAUGUCUGCGGAGUUCUCCCCACCUGCCCAGCCAGGGACCAGCCACCCUUCGAAGAGGCGUCCAUUUCCUUCCCAUGAUCCAAGGCACAGGGAGCACCACCUCCCACACCACCCCCGUAAGGGGCUCUGGUGGCAUGUGCAGCCAUGAGUCUACUCCAGGGCCACCUACCCUAGGCCCACCUCUACCCACAAUCCUGUGUAGGAAUCGAGUAAGCGGAUGUCUCUGAGCCCUUGUUCCCAAAGGGCCGGCCAAGGGCUGCCCACCAGCCUGGCUCCAUCAAUCCUGCGUGACCAAAUGAUAGUUGGUGGGCUCUGCAGGCUACUACCUCCCACCCCGCCAGCUGGUAAGGGAUGGGCCGUUUUCUGUGAAUUGACUACCUGUGGAAAUGUGACCAAUUAGUGUAAAAUGCAUGUUUAGCAAAUGUUAGGUACUGUAUUUGAACCAAUAAAUGUGAAUCCUCUGCACAUGGCAUCUGUCUUUGAAACUUGACUGGGGUUCUGGGGAGGAACAAUGGAGUGUCCCAAGGAGCUGGCUUGUGCCUUCAGAGCUGUCGCUGCUGCUUAUAGCUAACACCCACCCAGUUACUAUUGUUGAGGGUCUGACUAAGGUGUCUGCUUUUGUGUGCCAGGGUCCUCUGUUGGGACUUUUCAUAAACCUGAACCUUCUCAGCAUCAAGGAUUAUUACCUCUAUUUUAUAAGUGAAGAAACUAAGGUUAAGUGAGGUGAAGGGACUCAUCCAAGGUCACCCAGCCAGAAAGUGACACAACUAUAAAAACUGGUUGAUUCUAGUAGGAGAGACAAACAGAUCUUUGCAGAACAGUGGGAUCGGGGUUAUUGAUAAUGUUAUUAAAGACGUGGAUGGGGUUGUAGGGACCUAGAGGAGGGAAUGGCUUGUUCUUAGGAAGGGCUUCACCGAUGAGUGCUGAAGGUGGGUGGGCCUGGGGAAAGUUACCAGAGAGAAAGUGGAGGAUAGAUGGGUAGAGGGAUUAACAACAUGUUUGCAGGCCCAGCUGUAAAUCAGAAACAGAUGGGAUAUUCAGGUGUAACAAGGGACUGCUAUGGCAGGAAUGGUGGCAGAUGAAAGGGAUUAGCAAGAGCUGAGGCUGGAGAAGCACUGGGAGCCUUGAAUGCCACAGUCAGGAGUUUGGGUAAGGAGAGCUGCCUGCUACAUCUAUGAUAGUGUGCUGGUGGGUGACCUGCCUCAUAUGUCACUGUUGUCCAGCCAAUUAAUACCUGUCUUAAAAUAGACCAGGUUUUCUUAUAACUGAGGAAACAGAGGCUCUGAGAUGUCAAAGGGAUGGUGCCCAAAAUCUCAGAAGUGGCAGAAUCAGAAGUGGAACCAGAUCUGCUCAACUGUCUUGUAGUCCUGCUGUUCAUAUGAUCAGAGAAGUGGCAGGGUUUAGGUUGAGGAUUAUAUGAAGACAGAUGGAAAGAUGAAGGCUCCUUAGUUUGGGAAGAUAAAGGUUGAGGAGAGUGGUCCAAAAUCUAUUAAAUCCUCAUGUGUGAAAUGAGGGGAAGCCCAGCUGUCUUCUUAUACCUCUACCUCCUCCAGCACAAGGGAUCAGAGAGCCCUUGUGGUUUGAAAGAAUGAUUUUGGAACAAAAGAAAUGUUGCAGAACUAAUUAAUAGACUCUUCCUUGCUCCACAAGAGGGAACAAAUAAGACACAGAGGUGCAAGGAAGAAAAGGAAUGCACUCGCUAAACACCUAGUCAGUGUCAGGCACUAUGAUCAGUACGUCACGUGCAUAGUCUCUGUAAUCAUAACAAUAUUGCAAUGUAUUAUAGGCCCCAGCCCCAUUAUACUCACAAGCAAAUCUAGGCUUGAGGAAAUUAAGCCAUUUGCCUAAAAUGACACAUGAACAAGUGGCAGGAUUGGCUUUUGAGUCCAGGUCUAUCAGAUACCGAAGUUACAACAA